UGUAAGUGUUGUAGCAAGCAGAUCGAAGAUAAAUUUUUGUUAAAAAUAAACGAGGACUGUUACCAUGAGACCUGCAUGUUGUGUGACGUUUGUGGCUGCUCGCUCAAUGGCUCCUGCUUUAUCAGAGACAACCAACUUCUCUGUAAACUGGAUUAUGAA